AAAAGACAAAAAAGAGAAAAGAAGAAGUUAUUUCACAUUUGUGUUUACAUUAAAUCAUAAUGAAGAUUUUAUAUGUUUGUUUAUUAAUUAUUACAUUAUUUACUAUGACUAUUCAAUAUAAUUAUCAAACAUAUCCAAGUAAUUAUCGUAGACAAUUAAAUAAUCAAUAUAGCCCUAGUAACCAUUAUUAUUAUUAUAAUAAUUACGAUAAUAAUAAUAAUAAUAAUGAAGGUAAACGUUAUGAUGGUAAUAAUAACAAUAAUAACCAUUAUUAUUAUGGUCACAAUCGUAGAAAACCUGGUAAUUAUUAUCCAUCUAAAAGAUAUACUAAUAAAAAACCUAAAAAAAUGCAUCUUACAAGAAAAUAUCUUAUGGAAGGUGAAGCUAAACAUAUUCAUCAAAAACAUGGUGAAAAACAUAUAAAAUCAGUUGGUGAAUUAUUUGGUUUUACUGAUACAUAUCAAGGAUCUGAUUAUACAUUAACAACUACAUUUCAUAAAGGUAGUUUAUCAACAAAAUAUGGUAAACCAAAAUAUUUUUCUACAUAUGAUACAGAAGGACAAGUUAAACAUUAUAAAAAUACACAUGGUCGUGCUAAAUUUAAUCUUAAUUCCAAAUUACAUGGUCAUGAAAAAUAUAAAGAUUUAAAAGAAAUAAAAGCCAAUAUAACAUUUGAAAAUAAUGAUGAUACAACAGAUGAUGAAUCGAAUUAUUCACCAACUAAUCAUCCAUAUGGAAAAUUAGAAGGUUAUUAAUUCAAUAUAAUAUGAUAAUGAAAAGAAAAAUGUCAAUUAUAAGUUAGUUGAUUGAAUGUAUAUAUAACUAUUAUACAUGAAUAUAUAUCUAUGUAUCAUGUUAUGAAAUUGUACGUGUCAUUAUUGAGAAUUGAGUAAAUCAUGUCAAAGACGAUCAAACAAACAAACAACUUCUUAUGACUUCUUUUCCCCGCUUUUUCUCCUUUUUUUCUUUUCUUUUUUCUUUUUUUCUUUUUUUUAAAUUCAUGACCUUUCCUUUAAAUUAUUUAUGAUGUAUAUUUUAAUUUGAUUAAAUAAUAAUGAUACAUUUAUACAGAAUCAUUUAUUUUUGGUCAAUUUUGUUCAAAAUUAUUAUUUAUGAAUAAAGAUAGUU